AAAACCCUAACAGCAACAGCAGCUCCCACCACCACCACCACCACCACCAUGUCCGAAUGAACACUCCCAAACCCUACCCCCGCGUUCUGCGCUGAUCUCUGCUACUGCUACUGCUACUGUCCCCAGCUCAAGCUCCCAACCAAUAAGAUCGCCGAUGGUGAUGGCUGACACUGACGACCUCAAUGUGAAAUCCCCGUGGAAGACUCCUGUCACCGCCGAAGAAGCUCCGGUCAAUGGCAUGGCUGCCGAGUCCUGGCCUGCUCUCGCUGACGCCCAGGCCCAGGCCCAUAGGUCCAAGACUCCCGACCUCCCCGCUCCUCAGGUAUUGAUAUUGCAGCAAAAGACAAAUCGGCCUGGAAACUCUAAUGCUUCGCACAAGCAUUCACCGUCACAGCAUCAAAAGACUGGCUCUAAACGUAAUCCCAAUGUUGCACCUCCUUUCCCAGUACCCUUACCCUACCAUCAACCACCACUUCCACCUGUUUUUCAUACCAUGGUACAUCCGCCACACAUUGCUGCUUCUGGUUUUGCUUUCCAGCCAUACCAUGGACCCAUUGCAGAUGUUGAAAAUCAUAUAGCAAAAUCUGGAUCUGAGACACCAGUGCAAGGUUUUGUGCAACCAGUUCAGCCUCAACCGCGAGGUAAUCCAAAUGUGUAUGGUGUCAAUUUUUCUUCCAGAAGACCCAAUAUGCAGGAGCCUGGUGGGCCUGGUGUCCAUUGGAAUCAAGCUUGGUAUCAGCAACGGCCAUUUAAUCCCAGAGAGAACAUUCCUAUGCAACAGGGAGUUGGACCUAGGCCUUUCUUAAGACCUCAAUUUUUUGGUCCAGCUCCCGGGUUCAUGGUUGGCCCGGCCAUUCCAGGACCUGUUCCCAUGUGCUAUGUUCCUGUUCCGCCAACUGGUGCAAUUAGGGGACCUCAUCCUCCCCACUUUAUGCCACAUCCAUUAAAUCCAGGGGCUCCAUUACUACACCCGGAGAGACAUCCUGUAGCGUUAAGGGACAACAUUAUAAAACAAAUAGAGUAUUAUUUUAGUGAUGAAAAUCUAAAGAAUGACAAGUACCUAAUUUCAUUGAUGGAUGACCAAGGGUGGGUGCCAAUAACCACUAUUGCUGACUUUAAAAGGGUUAAGAAAAUGUGUACAGACAUAGCAUUUAUUCUUGACUCACUGCAGGGUUCAGCUACCGUAGAAGUGCAGGGCAACAAGAUACGGAGACGAGUUGAGUGGACCAAGUGGAUCACAACUUCUACAGACUUAACAUCAACAUCAAAACAGGCUCAACUUGAACAGAGGGCUAUAAAUGUUUUAGAGAAUAGUGAUGCCAGUGAUGGAAGGACCACUUGCGAAAAGAAUGUUAUAGUUUCAUCUUGUGAAAAGAAUUUGAUGGUGGACGAGCCAUCCAAUACCGAACAUUGCCUUGAUAGUCUUAAAGUUGAUGGGAAAUUACCAGUCUUGACUUCGAAUAAUGGUGAUAAAAUUCGAAAGUUUACUGCCAAAUCAAAUUGCAAGAUCACAUAUCUUAAAACAAAUCAUGGUUCAGGCUUCCCUGACCAAUCCGAGGGAACUGAGCGUUCAGAUAAUGAUAUGAAGAAUCUUGGUGGUCUGUCAAGUGAUUUCGCAAACACAUUUAUGCUCGAUGAAGAGCUAGAGCUCGAGCAGAAAAUAGUAAAGAAGGAUGAUAUCUCUCCUGGUAGAAGGGUUGAUGACGAAGAUGAUGAGAUUGUAGUCCUUGAUCAGGAUGUCCAGAGACUUGUAAUUGUUACCAGGAAUUGCAAAGUAGGUGAAGGAUCUAAAACUGAUGAUAAGGAAUCAAAAACCAUUUCCAAUGAGCUUGCUUCUGCUAUAAAUGAAGGCCUCUAUUUCUAUGAGCAGGAACUGAAAACCAAGCGAUCAAACCGUAAAAAGAACAACUCCAGUUACGAAAAUAGAGAUGCAAGCUCAAGAGUUUCAAGUUUUUCCAAAGGUUUUUCAAAUUUGAAGCGUUCUGAAAUAUCUGGGAACAACAGUGCCAUUGAAGAGUCUAUAAGUGCUAAUUCCCGAAAGAAGCAAAGCAAAAACUCCCAGAAUCAACAGUCAUCCCAUAGACAGCGAUUCUUCUCGAGCAACUUUAGAAAUUAUGGAACCGGUCGGAACUCUCUAGGAAUCGUAUCUGAAAGUCCACCAAGUAACUCGGUUGGAUUUUUCUUUAGUUCAACACCUCCUGAAAAUCAUGGUCCAAGGUCUUCCAAGUUGAGUGGUUCUCCCCAUGGGGUUCUCUCAGGAAGCAGUCCACCAGUGGGUUCUGUGCCAAAGUCAUUUCCACCAUUUCAGCAUCCAAGUCAUCAGCUUCUAGAAGAAAAUGGUUUCAAACAGCAGAAGUACCUUAAGUAUCACAAGCGUUGCCUAAAUGACAGAAAGAAGUCGGGAAUCGGUUGCAGUGAGGAAAUGAACACUUUAUAUAGAUUUUGGUCUUAUUUCCUAAGAAACAUGUUCAACUGCUCAAUGUACAAUGAGUUUCGGAAAUAUGCACUUGAAGACGCUGCUGCUAGCUAUCAUUAUGGAGUAGAGUGCCUUUUCUACUUUUUCAGUUAUGGGUUGGAGAAGGAAUUUCGAGAUGACCUGUAUGAUGACUUUGAACAGCUGACUCUGGAGUUUUACCAUGAAGGAAAUCUCUAUGGCCUGGAAAAAUAUUGGGCAUUUCAUCAUUAUAGGGAGAAACGGGGUCAGAAGGAGCCUCUUAGAAAAAAUCAAGAAUUGAAUCGCUUGCUUAGGGAAGUAUACCGUAGCUUGGAUGAUUUCCGUGCCAAAGAGAGAACUACAACGGCAAUCACUUCCGUGAAAGAGAGGAGUCAUUAGCAGAAAGUAGAAGUAAUGCAAUUAACCUGUAAUCAAAGCCCUGGAGAUGGCGUAGAAUUGAUGGCGUCCCAAUUUUGAAAGAAACUGACAGCUUUAACAAAGGAGUCAGUUUGCAGCUAUUCUUGGUUUCGGGCUCAGAGAAUGGAGAUGCAUUCUGUAUAAUAAGCAUUCGAUGGAUUUCACUCACCUUUGUUGAGGGCUGCUUACUGCUGAGUUUUUUUGUGCAAAGUUUUUCUGGCUCCACGGCUCUAUCUUUUAUUGGAGUUAUCUGCAGCUUGAAGAGGGUGGCGCCUCUGCUUUUUCUCUAUCAGUUCAAGCCUUCUAUAAAUUGUAGUUGUAAAUAGUUGAGUCACUUUUUGUUUUUCCUUUCAGUUUGAGAAAAAAAAAGAAGACAUGAGUGAAAGACAGGGAUAUGAUGGCAGAAGAAGAAACCCAAAUAAGAAAGAAGAAGAAGAGGAAGUUGUAGCUUAUAACAUGUGAAUUUGUGACCAAUAAGUGAUUAAAAUUGAAUUUUUUCUUAUUUCUUUGAAGUUAGCCAUUUAUCUUUUUUAUUUGAUUUUUAUCAAUAUUUAUUUUUUCUCUUCU